AUGUGCAUUUGACUACUGGUACUUUCACAAGGGUUAUCUUGACUAUCCACAUCCAUCAUCCCUUUAUUUAGUAUUGUUUGGAAGUGCUUCACCCACCCUCUUCACUGAUUUGGUCCACUACAGGCUGUCUUCUGUAUCUCCUCAUCACCUCCCAGAACUCCUUUGGUGGAUACAAUGCUGCGAUUCUUCGUAUUUCUCCUGUGGGUGUCUCCUUGUGUCCUGACGAAGGCGACAGGAAGUACAAAUUCUAGUUGCCAAGGCGCUGAAUGUCUGACAAAGACUUGGCACAAUGUAAGCUGCAGGACUAAGGACGACUGCGAUGCGCACCACACCACGUGCUACCGACGUGUGUGUAGGUGUCACCCCGGGUACUUCUAUACCACACAUUACACGUGUACUGACACUUGCAGCACAGACGAGUUACAGGACACCUUCACAGAGUAUCCUGACAGCGCUCUACGUGAAAACCUCAUUCAUAGCCAGGAUGGACUCACUCUGGAAGCCUGCAAGGGCAGGUGCCAAACUGACAAGACUUGCCUCACCUUUGAUUUCAAAGCCAGUGGAGGUCUGUGUCGUCUCCAUAAUGUCACCGCUCAUCAGUCUCCCUCAUACUGGUCUCCUAAGCGGAGCAAAGGCUGGACCCACUACCAGAAAUCCUGCAAGUCCACUUUUGCCUCAGACGAUACCUGGUACAACUUACUGUGUGAAAGCAGCAUUGACUGUCCUGACCCACACAGCGAUUGUUUGAAAGGCAGAUGUCAAUGUAAUAUUGUCUUCGAUCAAGCCGAGGAGAAGUGUGUUGUUGCAAACUCAUGUCUGGACUGGCAGGCAGCAGGCGGCAUCAAGAGUGGGGUGUACACCAUUGAUGUAAGACGCAACGAACCUCUCGCCGUGUGGUGUGACAUGGACACUGCGGACGGCGGCUGGACGGUCAUCCAGAGACGUCGCGACUUCACAGUUGACUUCAACCGGAACUGGACAGAAUAUGUAAACGGGUUUGGUAACCUCACUGGAGAUUUCUGGCUAGGCCUAGACGCGAUUGACAAAAUGUUAACCUAUGGACUAAUUGGAACGCGCAUGAGAGUGGACCUGGUGGCUGAGUUCGGGAAACGUCGUUUUGCGCAGUACGACUAUUUCUAUGUGUCCGGUCCUGAGUAUGGCUACAAACUUGCCGUGGGCUACUACUCGGGUAACGCAGGAGAUGGGUUGAAAGCUAGUUAUGAUGGCACGUUUCAAACCUAUGACCGAAAGAAGGACGAAUGUGUCACAUUAGAUGUUGGCGCCUGGUGGUACCCGCGUGGCUGUAGCUACCAGGCUGGCCUCAACAGAGAUCGAAUGGUUUGGUCUGACAGCGGCUUCGUGAAGUUCUCGGAGAUGAAGAUGAAGCCAUGGUCCUAACACCAGUUGUCUCCUGUACCCACUGCUUACACCGCCAGUCUACUGUUCACUGUUCACUACAGGUUCCACUGAUGAUGUGAGCUCAGUGUACAUUAACCUCUCGCAAUAGUCUAGCAUCUGACCCUAGUGCAGACUACUUACUGUACUUUAAUUGGUUACUUUGAGUAUAUUGCCUGGUGAUUCUAUUAUACACGUGUUGUAUUACUUCUUUCAGAUUUGGGUUUGCUUUGAUAAACUAACUUGUUUACAAACGUAAAAUCUAAGUUUAAUUAAUUAAUUUAGCAUUAAUUGUGUUGUAGUAAACGUGUCAUGAACUGUAUAUUAGCUAGACACCUAAUAGUUUAUAGUAAACAUGUCAUGAACUAUAUAUU